AUGUCUUCCCGGAUAAAUGACCAGUGGGUCGUCAAGGGCUCGGAGAAGGGGUUCGACGAGCUCGAGUACCAGAAGAACGUGCCCGUCCCCAAUGUUGGCGAACACGACGUGCUCGUCCGCCUGCACGGCGCGUCGCUCAACUACCGUGACCUCAUAAUCACCAAGGGCAUGUACCCCUUCCCCCUCAACCUCCCCGUCGUGCCCGCCUCGGACGGCGCGGGCGAGGUCGUCUCCGUCGGCCCACGCGUGACGCGCUUCAAGCCCGGCGACCGCGUCGUCACGCUCUUCAACCAGGGCCACCAGUCCGGGCCCCUGACCACCGCGUCGGCGCAGACGGGGCUGGGCGGCGUGCUGCCCGGCACCCUGCGGCGCUGGGGCGUCUUCGGGGAGGACGGCCUGGCCGCCUCCCUCCCCUGCGCGGCCCUGACGGCCUGGAACGCCCUGUACGGCCUGCGGCCCGUCAAGCCCGGCGACGUCGUGCUCGUGCAGGGCACGGGCGGCGUCAGCGUCUUCGCGCUGCAGUUCGCAAAGGCCGCGGGCGCCACCGUCAUCGCCACCACGUCGUCGGCGGACAAGGCCGAGGUGGUGAAGAGGCUGGGCGCCGACCACGUCAUCAACUACAAGGAGGACCGGAGCUGGGGCGAGACGGCCAGGGGGCUGACGAGGGACGGCGCGGGCGUCGACUACGUCGUCGAGGUGGGCGGCCUCGGCACCUUCGAGCAGAGCCUCAAGGCCAUCAAGUUCGAGGGCAUCAUCACCGUCAUCGGCUUCCUGAGCGGCGCCCAAGGGGAGAAGUUCCCGCCCGCCAUCGAGUCGCUGGUCCGCGUUUGCACCAUCCGGGGGCUGCUGGUCGGGUCCCGCGCCAUGAUGGAGGACAUGGUGGCCGCCAUCGAGGCCAACGACAUCCACCCCGUGCUCGACAAGAAGGUCUUUACUCUGGAACAAGCCCGCGAGGCCUAUGACUACAUGUGGGCGCAGUCGCAUUUUGGAAAACUUGCUAUCAAGAUCGAGUAG